UAUUUUAAAGUUAUGAGACACGGUGCAGCAGUUGGUCAGUGUGUGUUUAGCUCUAAUUCUCUCUUUGGAUUAAUGUGUUGGUUUGGGUCCUCAGUAAGAAUGCAGGUGUGUUUUCUUCUCCUCCUUAUACAGCUUCAUAUCACUGAAGGCUGCUGGCUGAAAGGAAAUGGAGAGACAGAAGAGAUCACUGCAUACACAGGAGGCUCAGUACUGCUGCCCUGCUCCUGCACUGACCUCCACAGAAAACCUGAGACAUUCACAUGGGAGAAAAACACAAAUGGAAAUAAAUAUGUACAGAUAUCUCCUGAGAGUGAUCAGUACAAAGAGAGAUAUCAGCUGGUUAAUGAUCACUCUUCAGGAAAUCUCUCUCUGCUCAUAUCACACCUGACUGAAGAGGAUGGAGGAGUUUACAUUUGUAUUGCUAAAGAGGGUGAAUCCAGAUACAUCAGACUCACUGUUAAAGGUUGCACACUGAAUCAACAGACAGUGGAUGUGACUGGAAACGUGGGACAGUCUGUCCUUCUGCCCUGCUCCUGCUCUGAACUACAAGCCAAACCCCACACUUUCACAUGGAGCUUUUACAAAGGAUCUUAUUCUGAAAUCUUCCCAAAGGACCAGACAAAUCGCUACACAGACAGAGUUCAGCUCUUUAAUGAUCAUCCUCCAGGAAAUGUCUCUCUACUCAUAUCACACCUGACUGUAGAGGAUGGAGGAUGGUACAGGUGUGAGAUCAGCAACGAAAUCAGUAAAGACAUUCGACUCAAAGUAAAAGAGGCCCCAGGAAGACCUUCAAUUUCCACACCAAAGAGCAAACCAGAGUCCAGUCAAUCAGAUUCCAUUGAAAACCCAACUGCUAACCACCAGAUCAUCAUCAUCAGCUCUAGUGUUGCUGGAGUUCUGCUGCUGCUGAUACUCGGAGGAUUCAUCUACUGGAAACACAGAGGACAGAAACGAGGACAGACCCAGAGUAGUGAUGGACAAACAGGACAGAAGACACAGCAGGAGAAGCAGGAGCUUAAUGAACCUCUGACCUUUACCAUAACUUCAGAGCCCACUUAUGAAGCAGUAGACAAACAGAAUGAUUCUAGUGUUCUGUAUGCAGUUAUAAAUCCACAAACUAAACUCAAGAAAGCAGAAGUAAAGGAUGAUGUGACGUACACCUCUGUAGUCCACAGUAACACUGUGAGAGCGGCACACACUCCAGUGGAAUCAGGAGAUACUACAGUAUAUGCUAGCAUCAAAACUAACUAACUAACACACACACACACACACACACACACACACACGCUAUUACAUCUGUGAGGUUUUUCCAUUGCCUUGUGUGUUAUUAAUGUGUGUUAGCUAAAUAAUACAACCCUUUUAUCUCAAAAUGUCUUGAAAAAAGUUUUAAAUGAUAUAAAAUAAUAUUUUUGUAACCACAUUAUUUUGUACUAACAUUAAUGAAUUAUGAAUAUUAAUAAUAAUAAUGAUGGCGAUCAUAUUAUCAAAUUAAUAUGUUUAUUUAUUUUUGUCUACAGUGUAUAUUCUCAUUUAUUGCACUUUUUAAACUUUUUAAUAUUAUUUUAUUUUAUUUUAUUUUGCAUUAUCUUCAGUUGACCUCAUUUCUUGGCUGUAGAAAUAUAAACAGAAAUAGUUGUUAUAGAGUGUCUUUGAAAUAAUAUGAUUAUUGUAGGCAUAUAAAUACCUCUAAGGACUUAGAAUAGAUUUAAUUGUUGUUUCAAGGUGUGAAAGUUUAAUUUCUUAAAUAAACAGUUAAAUCUUCUUAUACAGGGUCGUGUCUCAUUGUGAAAAACGUCUCCUCUUGACUUCACUGUAUUUAAAUCUAGACCUUUGUUUACUAAGGCAAGCUUCCACACUGUACUCGAGCUGUCUGUAAUUCUAAUGUGUGUAAAAAUAAUGUCACUAGCAAUUUUUAAACUCAUUAUUUCGCCAUAUUAAUAAUUGUUUAAUAAAUCACUUACAUGCUUAUACAAUAGAAAACAACAGAGUGUCAAUAUACCUAUAAUAGAAACACAAAGUUUAUUCACGUCCACUUCCCCUCCCCCUCUCUGUUCUCUCUAUUUCAGA